GACAACCACCCAUUUUACUUAUCGUACAGCUGUUCUCAUUCUUGGGGUGUGAGCCCAAUCGUACCAUUAAAACACACACUCAAUCUGGGUAAACAACUCAAACCACAGGAUAUCACUGAGCUAGCUAGCUAAGAUGAAUCGAUUGUUGUUGAUGAUGAUGGCGGCGGUGAUGAUGAUGAUGAUGGCAGCGGAGGGAGGGGAUAAUCUGGCGGAGAAGUGCGGGCAGGUAGUUCAGAAGGUGAUUCCAUGUUUGGGGUUUGCGACUGGGAAAGAAGCGACGCCAAGCAAGCAAUGCUGUGAUUCAGCGACGGUGAUAAAGGACACCGACCCUGAGUGCCUCUGCUACAUCAUUCAACAGACCCACAAAGGUAGCGCUGAGAGCAAGAGCAUGGGUAUUCGAGAGGAUCGGCUACUUCAGCUCCCUUCCGCUUGUCAAGUAAAAAACGCCAGCAUCUCCAACUGUCCCAAGCUUCUGGGUCUUUCACCAAGUUCUCCGGACGCUGCUAUCUUCACAAACGCUUCCAAGUUAACCCCUCCUAGCUCUGCAAAUACAGAAACUGCGACACCACAGAGCCCAAACGGAAGUGUGGUUAGAGCUCCUCCUAUGAUCUUCGAAGUGAUGGUGAUGGCUUUGGCCAUUGUUCUCAUUACAAUUCCUACUAGAAACUCAUAAAUAGAAGCAGGAUUGAAAGCCACCUAACUGCAUUCCAUGCUAGUUGGUGGGUUUGGUGGUCAUUUUGGCUACAACUUAGUUAUGUUUCUGUAGGACUUUUGCAGUCUUGAAUUUAUUGGUUUGCAUUCUCUGCUCUUCGAUGUUUUCUCUUAUUUUGGAAACUGCCAUCCUUAAUUUGAUUCUCUUAUUGUGUGGACUUGUUUGCUUCCGUCCCCUAAUAGAUUGUUGAUGAAAAUUUAGAAAUUUUACGUUAAUUGUUGCUGA